CGCGACAAUUCCUGACAAAGUAAGGAAGAAGAAGAGUGUUAUUCGCGCCAAAUAUAGUACUAUCUUGUUAGACAAAUUAGUACUAAGAACAUUCAAUAUUGUAAGCCAUGCCUCGUAGUCCUUCCAAAAGAAUCAAGGCACAGAACAGCAAAAUGGAAGAAAAGCCUCCCGAGAGCAGACCGAAGGGCGAUCAAACUGUUAUGUUAUUGAAAGAUUCGUUGUGUUCGUCGUCAGAUUUGCAGGUUAUUAAGUUGAAGCAUCCUAGAACUGGCACCCCAGCAGUUUAUGUUUUAGAUCAUAAUCAAAUGAAAGUUUUUGAAAUGAUAUCCUUUGAUGAGGGCCAUAGAUCAUGGUUUAUUGGCUCAAAAGUGAUGUCUGAUGGCAGGCUAUAUCUGGUUUCUAAUGAUGUUACAUACCUAACUCUUCCUUAUUUAAUCACGGCUGAAAAAAAUGUCCCAAUUGAUCAUCUGUUAGAAGAUACAGACUACCCAGAUAUUAAGCAUCUGGCAUCUUUAGCAAAAACUAAAGAUUUUUCACAUGUUGCAGAUCAGAAAGGAUCUCCAGAUUUGGGAGUCUGGCGUUACAAUGAGGAAUUAACAUUGAACUGGCUUAGCAAUAAAGUGGAAAAGCUGUCUGUGUUACUACAAGAUAAAAAGAUUCCAACCUCAGCGGCCCAGAGUUUUACUUUUGUUCGUACAGCCAGUCUGGAACAUACUCAAGUUUUGCCAUAA